AUGACUUUUCCUUUUUUUAUCCAGCCCAUUGAUUGCAAAGAAGAGAACAACACAACUACUGAGAGCCAGAAUUUAACGUCCUCAAUAACAACAACAGAUGCUACAACAAAAUUACCAGAUGUAGAUACAGAAAUUUCAACAAUACAUACAACGAAGACACCAAAUACACAAACAUCACAAACUAUAUCAACAUCAAAAAAAUCUACUUCAAAAACAUCACAUGCUACAGCAAAAUCAACUACAAUUACAACAUCAACUAUAGCAACAACAACAACUAUAAAACCAACUUCAAAAACAUCAUCAACUCUAACUACACUUGCUAGGAAAACUGUAACACCAACUAUAACACUUACAAUUAUAAUAAAUUCAACAACAAAUACAACAACAAAUUCAACAUUGGACACAACAAAUUCAACAUCAAAUGAGACUAAUCCAACUUCAACAAUACAAUCACCAUCUACAAUAACAACAGCAUUACCAACAACUACAAUACAAAAAAUAUCAUCAUCAACUCCAGAACUUACAACACUAAAUAGGAAUACAUUCACCUCUUCGCAGAACCCUGGAGUACCUGUCAUAAACUCACUGUCAACCAAUCCAAGUUCUGCACCAAACGAACAACAUCCUGAGUCAUCCACAACACAUGCUCAUUCAUCUCCUCCAAAGCCCGGUACUCCAGCCAGCAGUACAUCUACUAACUACGAUCAUGAACUCGCCAUUAUAUUUGGUGUGAUGCUGGGGUUGAUGAUUCUGGCUAUAUUUAUCUUCUGUGUUUACCGCUGUUACAAAAAAGACAAGGAGGAAUCGUACAUAGAGGGUGGGGGUGACAUCUCCAUCAAAAUGUCUAAAUUCUAAUGAAGGU